CAGAGAGAACCUUUUAUAAUGGAAUAGUAUUUUCGCGUUCAUCACCAUGAUUGGUGGAUACAAUCAUGGAGUCAAUAAUUAAUUAUGUGGCCAUAGAAGUUUACAAACCCUGUCCAUUUGAUCCGCAUCUUCUGAUUCUUAUGAAAUCUCUCUCACUGGACUAGAUAACUGGCCAAUAAUUUUUUGAGGCUAAUGAUGAUGAUUUGGGAGAUAAGUUGGUGCCGAAAUGGUUGGCCACCCUCUCUGCGAUGCCUUUUUCGUUUCCAUUUGAGAGAGUUGUGGCGUUACCUGUUUCGAGGCAGUUCGCCAGCAACACAAAAUGGUUCAACAUCAAAUCCUUCCGCUAAACGAAAUAUUGUUGGAUUACCUAAAGAAACAGUUCUAACAAUACGAGAGUCGUCUUCUAUUGCCAAAAAAGGUUCAACAUCAAAUGCUUCUACUGAACGAAAUCAUUCGAUCAUAUCAGCUGUCCCAAAAAAGAGUGUUGGCUAAAAGAAAUGAUGGCAUUUACACUUUCAAAGUACAAGGGCAAAUGUAUCACUUCAUAAAUGAUUUGAUUCCUUCAAAUGGACAACUAAGAAAUCUGCAACUGUAUUUUUAUAACGAUAACACUGAGAUACUGAAUCGAAUGGCUUCUUCAAGUAUGCUUAAACGAAUAGUUAUUGAGAAAUUGAUGAACAUUUUAAAGAUAAAUCCUUAUUAUAUUUUUCUGAAAUCUCUUCUUCAUAUUCCUGAAUUAUCAAACUUUUAUAUCGCAUUGAGAUGUGGAUCUGGUUUAGAUCAGCGAGUAUAUAACCUACCGAGUGUAUCUGAAGUGGCAGGAUUUUGGCUAGACGAAGAAAUGCAUGAUAAUAAUUUUGCACCCCAUAUCUGAAUUUAUACUUAUAGUAACAAGAGCCAAAUAGUUAAUUACUAUUAUGGUUGUUAUGAUCCUUUGCAAUAUCCUUGUCUUGAGCCGGGGGUCUAUCGGAAACAACCUUGGUACUUCCUCGGGAGUAGUGGUAUGGAUUGCGUACAUUUUACCCUCCCCAGACCUCACUAUGUAGGAAUACACUGGGUUUGUUGUUGUUGUUGUUGUGGACAAAAUGGAUGGCAUUGCGGAAUUCAAAAGGUUAUACUUCCUGAAAAUAAAUUAACAAAAAGAAAAAAACCUUACUAUGAAAAUGAGCACCUUCCAAGCUUAGCUAACAUGUGUUCAAUUGAUGGGCUACUUGAUAUGGAAGCCGAAGUUUUACAAAAAGAAAAUAAAAAAAAAAAUUGUUUCUUGUCGUGAAUACUAUUGUUAUAAACUUAAAAUGCGAGAUGAUGAAGAAAAUGAAGUUUUACACGCAGGUAGAUUAUUUCAACAAUACUCAGUUGAUGAAUUUUUAAAGGUUGAAACUCAAAAAUUAGAUUUUGCAUGUUUUAAUCAAAAUUUAUUCCGAAUUGAUAUGUUACAAAGACUUUUUGAUAUAUUAAGACUUGGUGAAAGAGAAGCUUUAAAAAUAGAAAAAAAAAAGAUUUCUCCCUGCAAGUUUUACUUGCGGUCCAAUAGAUAUGCGUCGUCGUUACAUGAAUGCUAUUGCGUUAGUUCAAGAUUUUGGAAAACCUGAUAUAUUCCUUACUAUGACUUGCAAUCCCUCUUGGUCAGAAAUAAAAGAACAUCUACUGUCAAUAGAUGAAGCUCAAAAUAGGCCUGAUUUGAUUAGUUGUGUGUUCAAAGCAAA